CGGAACUGCGUGAUUGGAUGAACAAUAAAAAUUGUUUGGAUCCGCUUUAGGCAGAGCCCUCAAGGGAUCAGGGCAGGAUAACCCUCACGAUCUCAGCUUAGUCAACACUAUCAACAAUAUGGCGGCUUCGGGACAAACUUCCCGAUCUACUAGUCAACGACGAAUAAGCAGAGCACCUGCCGUUAUCCAAGAAAGAAUAACACAUUCUUUGAGGAGACGUAGAAAGACACCCGAUUACAGUGCUGUUAAUCCUUUUGUGAAAUAUGUUCUGUUUUUUUCCAAUUUUGUUUUCUUGGUAAGAUUAGUAAGAAUAACUUGGACAACGUCAACGUCAACCGUACUGUGUACAAAAUCAAAAAAGUUCAUUGUUGUUUAUUUCUUGUCACUUGUCUUUCUUGUAUGUAGUGUGUUAUUAUCACAAAUGCUUUCAGGUAAACUUAAGUUGACGGUACCAAGUUGACCUUACCUAACUCGAAAUCAAAUAAUUAAAUAUUAAUAUAGAGUACUUAGACUUAGACAAAUGUAAUGAAAUGUAUAAAUAUAAAACAGUCUCAAUAAUCUUGAAUCUUAGUAUUAUUAUAAAAAUCCAAGUGGCUAUUCGGACCCGGCUACCAGAAGUGAGAGGAUGGGAUUAAAAAGUUUUAAAAAUUGUAUUGUUGGGUUUGUAAGAUAACCAUUUGGUAUCGAAUGAUAGAUAAUUGAAUGGACUAACUCUUCAGUUUAACUGAAAUAAACUACUACAAAUGACAUCUGAAUAUGUCUGAAUAGCAUUUAGUCAACGUUAUUGUCCCGUUUUUUCAAAAUCGUACCCGGUGUCCCGAAAAAGUCUCUCGGGACGCCUAAAUGUCCCAUUUUUAAAACCAAAUACAUUUUCAAAUCACUCAAACUUUCUAAUUUAUAAUAUAAUUUCAAGUAAUAUUUUGGCUAGCUGUGUAGCCAGUGCCAGUAGUGAUGUGGGCUUGCGUGAUGGCUGCACUGUUCCCUCUCCACCACUCUGCAGAUGCUGCGUAAAUGACAGUGUCCCUGCCAUAGAUCAGAUCUUGUUAUGUUUGAAAAUAUGUAUAAAUAAAUAAGUAUUCACUCCAAAAUUAUUUUUUUUCGUUUAUAAUAUGCAUCAGAGUUUAAAUUAAAUUACAAAAGUGAAGUUAAAGUUAAAAAGAUUUCUAGGUCUCAAAAUAGUUAAAAUGAGAUUAUUUAAAAAAAAAAAAAAAAACGGUUUCCGGCGGAGGCCCAUGGACCCCACUUUAGUUGAAGGGUAUUCCCCCCCCCCCCUAAAAGAUUUCUAGGUCAAAAAAAAAUUAAAAAGAAAAUAUUUAAAAAAAAAAAAAAAAAAACGGUUUCCGGCGGAGGCCCUUGGACCCCUCUUUAGUUGAAGGGUAUUCCCCCCCCCCCUCGAAAAAAAACAACAACCCAACCUCCUUGGGUGUGUCCCGUUUUUUCCAGCUCACGAUUUGGUCACCCUAGUAUUAGCCUACUUAGUUAUACUGAGGGAUACAUUUCAAUGUCAUUACUCAUCUGCAAAUUUUGAAGCUCUACCUUAAUAUAUAAUUAGUAGGCCUUUAUAUUAUUAUAUGUAUUUAAUAUUGUUCUAAAAAUUAAAAAAACAUUCAUAAUUUCAAACUAUAGGAGGAGAUAUAGGCCUAGAGCAGCAACAUUGUAAUAGUUCUAGGGUCAGUUUAUUCCAGAAAAAUAAAAUGCAAUUUCAAAAAGAAAUGAAAAAAUAUCUUUAUAUGAUGCCACUUUCUCACAAAAUUUUAUCAGUAUAAAAGAAUAAGUGUUUUACGGUUGUUACCCAUGCAAGACUAAUGCAGGAAAGCAUGAAUGGUUAUCUGAUUAGCCUAUAAAAGUAAGAAAAGGAAUGGAAAACUUUCUUUCAGAAAUUUACAGAAAGGUUCUAUUUCAAAAUUCUUUAAAAAAAACAACAAAAAAAAAACAAAAAACAAAACAAUAGAUACUUAAAUAAAUUUGCAUUUAAAUGAAAUAUUUAAAGGAGUUUUGGUUUCAGUAGCCUACUUGUUUUUAAGUACUCUACAGGAGCAAGAAAACACGUUUAUCUUGAAAUCAACUUCUAAAUCUAAAAAUGAACGCUUUAACAAACUUGGCAAUUAAAGAUUUGAGUUCAAGCAAAUUUAGGCUACUUAUAAAUUGUAAUAAAACUAUUAAAUUCACAUUAUCAUUAUUAAGAUUUAUUGUUCAAAAUUAUUAGAAAUUUAGUUUCUUAGAAACAUGAAAUCUAGUAAAAAUAGAUGGCUGAUAACAUUUUUGAUUAAGGGGUUGCAAUUUUUGUAAUUGCCUGCAACACACAUUUUUUUUCUAAGGCCCUAACUGAUUAUUUAAAUAAAUAUGCUAUGUCGUAAAAUAGGUAACCUUUUGUAUUUAUAAUAAACUAGGGCUGGGUGCAUUUUUUUUUACAAGGGGUCCGGGUGUUUAGAGAAAAUAUCAGGUUAGUCCAAGUGUUACAAAAAAAAGUUAAAUUCUCAUUUUCUGUAAUAUUACUGUCCUAUGUCUUAGUGAGAGUGCAUUGCCUUUUUCAAUUGUUUGCUGAUGGGAAUAGUGAUGACGUUGUACAAAAACCUGUUGACAGACAAGAUACUGUUCAUUUUAUAACAAUGACUUACAAAGCAGCAGUCACAGUACAAAGCAAAUAGUAAUACCUUCCUGUACCAGCAUCGGGAAAGACUCACAGGCACGGAGAUGCCAGAGUUGAAAGAGCAGUUCAUGACCCAUUUCUGAGUAGUGUGCAGCCCCAGAACAAAGAUUUGUAAAACAGUGCAAUUUUUAAAAAAAAUUCCUUUUGCAGAAAAAAACCCAAUUUACUUACUGGAGCUCAGACAUUACGCAUGAAAAUUGCUGUGUCUCAGAGGAACACAAACAAUAAAAUCACUGAAUAAAAAUCGCCUCCCCCUAAAAAAAAGCAUACUAUUAGUUACUAUUUACCAGUGACAGCCUUUUGUCCCUCUCAGUGCUAUUAAUAUAAAAUUAUCACUCGAAGACUGGAUGGCCCGAGACAUAAUAUUUUGUAAAGAAACAUCCCCCCAAUCUAAAGGAUGCGAGAAUCUAUUAACCUUACUCCAUGCGCCUAACAAUUUCCUCCCCAAAAUCAAAACCAUUUCCGUCCACCCUAUAAAUUAUCUGAAGAACAAUGGAGCUCUGUUGUCAACCCCCGUCCCAGCCAUUUGUGACAUAUAGUACUAUACAAUGUAGUACUGUAAUAUUAGAUAUUAUAGCAGAUAUUCAUUUGAGUAAAUAUUGAUUAUAACUAAGUUAGAGGCGAAAGUCAUAACUGUAAUUUAAUUAUUUAUAUAUUGACAUAUUAUGUAGGCUGGGUCUAACUACAUUUUAAUUCAGUUUUUUCAGAACCUUGGAUCCAAGUAAAUUUUAAUCCUAAUUUUUAAAUUGAUUAAAUAAUUUUAAUCUAAGUUUUAGUUGUUUUAAUUUUUUUACUUGUAAUUUAUUUGAAGUUUAAACAUUUGAUGAACAUGAGAAAUACCAGAUCUAUUAUUAAUUAAUUUUACAUUUCUUAAAAAAAAAAAUUAAAUCUUUAGAAAUAUUACAUAUUAUAUUGUUUUAUAUAAAAAAUGCCUACUUUAUUUACAAAUAAUUCUAGUUUCAAAAGGGAAUCUUAUUUUUAUUAUUGAAAUUUUAUUGUUAAAUUAUAAAUUAUAAACCCAUAGUAAGAAUUUUGUUGUUUUUUAAAAGUAUUCUUUGCCUUAGAAAUCUGUAAUGGAAUAUUCUUUUGAUGCUGGGCGAGUUUGAAAGUUUCAAGAUGGAGUAUAUUUGUGAUGAUAAGAAUCUCUGUGACAUUCUGAUUUUCAGCUUGUUGGAAUUGCAUUUGCUGCUGUUGGAAUUUACAUUCUAUCUGGAAAAACAAAAUCUGUGACCAGUUUCAUCGACUUCAUCUUUGAUCCAGCUUGUGUCCUCUGUCUGGCUGGUUUUAUUAUUCUCGUGGUGGCUUUCUUUGGCUGUGGUGGUGCAUUGCGAGAAUCACGUAUUUUCCUCAGAAUAGUAAGUGUACACAGAUUUUACUUCACUAAUGUUAAAAAAUUCUGCUUUUUCAUUACGCUAUAACCUAUUGAUUCUUUGUCAACCCGUCAGCCACUAACUGAUAUUUUAUGCACUAUUCUUUCUGGCAACCUGUUAAUAAAUUAAAUUUUUCUUCUUUCAGUAUUACAUUAUUCUCAGUAUUCUAUUACUUUUGGAAAUCUUGUUGGUCAUCUUCAUCUUUGUGUUUUAUUUUGUGGAUGGGGCUUUUGCCAAAAUUGGCCUAUACCCAGAAGAAGCAUUCCGAGAUGCAGUUAAACGCUACAGGGAUGAUCCAGACAUGCAAGGAUUUAUUGAUAACAUUCAAGAACUUGUAAGUUUUGUAACAAAAACUUCAUAGAAUGUAUAAAAUAUUAGUGCUGAAUUUUUGUUUAAAUACCAAUUGUUAAUGAGAUUUACAAUGGAAUAAGUUCUUGUUUGACUGUAUACGUUUUAUCCCCUGCAUAGAAAACGAAACCCGAUCCUUUAAUUUUGAUUUAAAAAAAUUCAUCUCACCAUGAAAAACAAAAAUUUCAACUCUUCAUCUUUUAGAAAUUCCUGUUAAGCCUUCAUUUCUGCUAAUCAAGUCUUGUAAAAUAACAAAUUAUUUUGGAAGUAACUAUCAGUUUUUAGACAGAAAAUGUUGUGACUGACUUGUCUUUUUUCUAGCUGUCUUGCUGUGGAGCAAGCAAUGAUGACAACGGCUACAUGGACUGGGAUGCCAACCCGUACUUUAACUGCAAUAAAACUGCCAACCUAAGUCCUGAAGCUUGCACUGUUCCCUUUUCAUGUUGCAAAAUUAAGGCUGUGAGUAUUAGAUCCUAAAACUGUGCUUUAAAUAUGUCAGCUCUAGUUGAGAGAAAUAACUGGAAAAUUAAGUGUUACUGAAGCUACUGGCCGAGGAUUUAAACUGAAUUUAAAUCUCAAGUUGAUGGUCUGGAUUUCAAUCCCCACCAAAGCCCAGUCAAGCAAAAACAUCACCAGCUCCCCGGGUGGAUAGGACUCAUUAACCUUGGAUGGCCACUCAUCUAAGAGGAGGAAACUCUGAAUUCAAACCCGGAGAUGGAGUCCUGUAGGCGGAUAACAUUGGUACAAUGAAAAAUUCCCACAACUCCUGCGACGUCACUGAUGCCAAGCUGUAUCAUCCACAUGAUGUUUCCUUGGGCUAUCCAGCAGGGUGGAGAGAGGCGAUUUGCUGUUGGGAACCAGCUUAUAAUCCUAGAAGAAUAAUCCCAGGCCUUGUGGAUUUCCUCCUACAAAUUCCACCCCAUCGUCACAUUGUGACGGACGAAUGCCAGAAAAAAAAAAAAAAGCUCAAAUAUUAGUUUGUAAAAAAUUACAUUUGACAUGAGGGGAAAUAUCUGCUGUAGCUUAAGCUGAGAAAUAAUAAAACAAUGAAAAUACGUAUCCAGACUGCUGGUGGCUAUCUUUUUAUAUACUAACAAGUUAUAUAGUGUAAUCAAAGGGCUGGAAUCAUAAUGUCAUUAUACAAUACACUGUGUGUAAAAUGAACAUCUAUAUACAUUUUGUUAACAUUUCAGGGAGAUCAAAUAAAUUACAGAUGUGGAGCUAACAUGCUGAGUCCUUCAACAACUGACAGGGUGAGUUUAUGUUGACAUAUUUGGGGCAGCUAGGGUGAGUUUAUGUUGACAUAUUUGGGGCAGCUAGGGUGAGUUUAUGUUGACAUAUAUGGGACAGCUAGGGUGAGUUUAUGUUGACAUAUUUGGGACAGCUAGGGUGAGUUUAUGUUGACAUAUUUGGGGCAGCUAGGGUGAGUUUAUGUUGACAUAUAUGGGACAGCUAGGUUGAGUUUAUGUUGACAUAUAUGGGGCAGCUAGGGUGAGUUUAUGUUGACAUAUAUGGGACAGCUAGGUUGAGUUUAUGUUGACAUAUAUGGGGCAGCUAGGGUGAGUUUAUGUUGACAUAUAUGGGCAGCUCUUGAUGUCAUUGUGGCUGCUUUGAUUUAAUUUCCUGGCACACAUAUCAUGUGAGGAGAUGAAUGUUAAUAGAAAGUAACUGUGAUGAUAUUGCUUACUUUGAUGGUAGUAGAAAAUAACUGUCAAGACUAUGCUUACUUUGAUGGUAGUCAAAAGUAACUUUCAAUAUAAUGCUUACUUUGAUGGUAGUCAAAAGUAACUUUCAAUAUAAUGCUUACUUUGAUGGUAGUCAAAAGUAACUUUCAAUAUAAUGCUUACUCUGAUGGUAGUCAAAAGUAACUUUCAAUAUAAUGCUUACUCUGAUGGUAGUCAAAAGUAACUUUCAAUAUAAUGCUUACUUUGAUGGUAGUCAAAAGUAACUUUCAAUAUAAUGCUUACUCUGAUGGUAGUCAAAAGUAACUUUCAAUAUAAUGCUUACUCUGAUGGUAGUCAAAAGUAACUUUCAAUAUAAUGCUUACUCUGAUGGCCCAUUUUGUUUUGAUAAAAAGCAAAGUGUAAUUAUUGAUUGAGUUCUUGUUUCAGUCUGGCAUCUACACACAAGGUUGCUUCAAAGGUCUUCAAGAGGUGAUUAAAAGCAAUAUAUGGAUUGUUGGUGGAACUAUUCUUGCCAUCUUCAUUCCCCAGGUAGAACUGAUGUUGAAGAUAGCACUUAACAUUAAUUAACAAAUAAUGCCUAUAUUUAUUUACUGUGGAUGUAGCACACAGGGUUUUAUUGACUGUGUGUCAGUACAAAUAGCCAGUAAUUGUUACACAGGGUUUUAUUGACUGUGUGUCAGUACAAAUAGCCAGUAAAUGUUACACAGGGUUUUAUUGACUGUGUAUCAGUACAAAUAGCCAGUAAAUGUUACACAGGGUUUUAUUGACUGUGUGUCAGUACAAAUAGCCAGUAAAUGUUACACAUGGUUUUAUUGACUGUGUGUCAGUACAAAUAGCCAGUAAAUGUUACAGUUUAUUUCAAAGAUCUCUAUUCUGUGUUUUGGUUCAUUCUCAGUUCACGUGUUAUAAAAUAAAAUAGUUGUAGCCAUUUACUAGUCUGGUGGAUACCGGAUGAAAUUGAUAAUAAGUCUGUAUAAAUUUAGCAAAAAUGAUAAAAAUUGGAUGUGAAACAACUGCGUCAGAUGAGUGGUUUAACCACACAGGAAGAAGAAAAGUCAUGAUAAUACAUGCUCUGGAAAGUGUGGAGUGGGGGGGGGGGUGUUAUGCACAGGUUCUUCAAUGUUGUUUUGAGACAUCAGGUGUUAAUUAGAAAUAACUUUAUAUAUAAAGAAAGUUAUUUCUUUCCAUUCCUUACAUUGUGUUAUUCAAAUUACUUUUGCAGGCAUUUUUCAUCUGCCUAGCUAAAGCUCUGAGAUCACAGAUAGAAGAACAGAUGUCCAAAUGGUAGGAAAAGCUCUUUACUACUGAUACAAACCUACUGGUAGUACUGGUAGGAAAAGCUCUUCAUCACUGAUACGAACUAUAACCUUUGAAUGAACUAUAACCUUUUAAUGGAGCAUGCUCUAAUUUUCACUUUUCUAUAAAAGAAUUUAUUAAUUUCUUUUUUCUAUUUUAAAACUUAAAAAUGUAUAACUCAGUUUUUAUCAGAAAAUGCCUUAUGCAGAAAAACUAUAGUUUACUUUAUAAUCUAAUUCUGCAACAACUUAAUUUAAUUUAAUUUUAUGUAUGCAUAACAGAAAUUUCUUUUUGUCCUUAACAUUACUUUAUGUGUUUAAAGUAGACAAAUGUAUUUUACAAAAGUCUUUUUUACUCUGUAAAGCGCCAACUGACCGAACAAUUACUUUUGGGAUAGCAUCAAUUGAACUGCCCAAAACAUUUAGUUUCACUACCGGUACUUACAAAAUCAGUCACUUUAUUUCUUGGGUAAAAUUCUGUUAAAUAAAUAAAUUCCUUUUAAAUAUAAAGAACUUGUAUGGCUUAAAUGUGAAGUAUUUUUAUAUGUUUUAAUGACAAGAAACAAUUUAUAAAUGAUAAAAUAAGAUAGGAGAUUAUUUAAUUACUGACUUAAGGUGUGUGGGUUGUCUUAUCCAUGAAUGUACUUAUUCAUAUAUACUGGGAACAACAAAUAUUUUUGUUUGAUAUUUUUGUACAUAGGCAAAAAUGGUUCAGAUCUAUGCAAUGUCCAAUGGAAGCCAAUCAAAACAAACAUUUGCAAAUACUUACUUGACAUAUCAUGUUUUAAUUCAUGUAAAUAAUGACAAUUAUUGGAUGUUUUAGAUUGAUUGAUUUUAUUUAUUUUUGUCCCAUGCAAUAAAAAUAACACUAAAGUUACGUCAGUUGAUACAUUCAAUUAUUAAAUCUAAUCAAAACUCUAACUUUUCAAGUCAGUAUCAAUUGCUUUUGUAGGAAACACUCCUGUCAAAUUGAAAGUCUUCACUUAGAUCAGCGGUUCUCAACCUGUGGGUCGCAACCCCUUUGGGGGCCGCACGACUCUUUCCCAGGGGCCGCCUAAGACAAUCAGAAAACACAUAUACUUUACAGUUAUGAUGUAGCAACGAAAAUAAUUUUGUGGUUGGUAACUGUAUUAAAGGGUCAUGGCAUUAGGAAGGUUGAGAACCACUGACUUAGAUAAUUGGACUUUCAUUAUUUAGAUACUGACUAACAAAAAUCGCUUUAUAAAAUUAAUUACAAAAAAAAAAAUAGAAACAAAUAUUUCAACCUUACUAACUAUUGGAGUUGAAUUGUUUUUGAUUUCAUAGAUUUAAAGUGACACUUUUAACUAGUCAACAAGUUUACACUUAAAAUGUUGCUUUUUUAUCUAUUCAUUGUUUCUUUGUAUGUAUUUUAUGAGAAUUUUAUAUAUUAUAAGAAAUGUUUCAUUGAUGUCUGCCAUACUUGUAGGUUUCGUUUACAUUUAGUUCAAGGAAUUUUUUAUAUAGCAGAAUUCAAUCUUGAACUUGUUUUCUUAAGUUUAAUAAUAUUACAUUUAAAGAAAUGAUAAUGAACAAUUUCAGCUGAUAUUUACCUGUCAUGAUAUUAUUAAAAGAUAAGAUAAGGUUCAGAUACAAAAUAUUUUUUUAUAGAUCCAAAGAAAAGAUGAUAUAUUUUGAUGACAUUGAACCUAUUUUUUUUUUAGCUAAUCAAAUAAAGCACAACAAAUUUAAUUUAUUUAAAAAUUUUUAUAAGUAUUUUAAACGGGAGCAAAUGCCAGCCAUCAUGUGUCAAAAAAAACUCAGUCUCAUAAUUAAAACUGUAUUACUUCUUUUCUUGACAUCCAAUUAUCAACAAGCAUGAAUAAAAGCGGAGAAAUGGUUUUAAUCUCAUGGUCUGUUACCCGUGAAAUGUUUCUAUGUUUACUUGCAGGAGUUAUCAUAUUAUUGUUUCCACUUUGAGUCUGGGUCACAUAAUUUUUAACAUCAUGAAAAUUUAUCUUAUGGAAUUAUAAGUUUCACGGAAUUAUUAUUUGAACACAGCAAUCUUAGCUAACUAUCUUACAGCUUGAGCACCGUAGAAGACAAGACAUCUUUCUAGAGAGUUGUUCGUCUCUCUAGAGAGUUGUUCCUAAGUGGCUUGUGUAGUAUAUUUAUAGUGCUCCAGGAGAUAUUAAGGGCCCACGAUCAAAGUGUUAAUGCUCCCGAAGCCCGAAAAAAUUGUUCCACAUCGACCUGUCAAGAAAUUACACAUUGCAACACGAUUGAGUUUGUUAUGAGGGAAAAAGUUCAGCUUCUUAACAGUCCAAAAAACUUUCAGAUCCAAAAAUAUCCAAUAUCCUUUGAUAAAAUUUGAAGGAAACAUUUUAAAAAGUGAGAAAAUAUGAGAGAAAUUUCACUGCUGCCUGUUAGGCGCCGGCUGAACUCUCAACACUGUUAUAGUACGCAACAAGACAUUGGGUCGGCGGCACAUUAGGUAGAGGAGCCAAGUAUCGAGUGAACUGGGUGUAAUGUCAGUAUAAGGAGCUGGUUAGCUUCAUUUUUAUCAUCUUAUGAAAGGAAAAAUACAUAUCCCAAGAUAAACAUUCUGACUUUGGCCAAAGUCUUUAGUGCAUUUUCCACAGCUUUUACUAUUUCUUCCUAAUAAAUUUUGUCAAAAUUUCAGAUUUCCUUCCUUGUGUGCUCUUUUUAUUCCGCCAUUUAUUUGUGUUGUAAGUUUUCAGACUUAAGUCAACUGAACACAUUCCAUGUCUUACAUUCUAAUUAUUUCAUUCCAUUUAUUGUAUACACUUAUUGGGUAUAUACACAUGAUUAUUACAAAAGUUAUAUAAAGGAAUGUAAAUUUUAAUAAAAAGCUUUUAUUGGAAUAAACUAUUUAUUUGAAGUGAA